ACAACAUAUCGACUCUCUAACCAGCCGAUCAGUGAUCACACUUUGCUCUGCCUGAGCUCGGUCAGCGCUGUGUGGGACCGGGUCUUUGAUGUCUGCGGGCUGAUCCCAGAUCAGAUACAUGCGCCUCAGAUCCAUAAAGCCACCCCCCUCUCCCCGCCUUUGAUGUGUGCGCCGAGUGUAGUCCCCCGGCUGCUGCUGCUGCUCCUCUGAGCUGGGCUGGAGCUGCAGCGCUGACAUGGUGAGCGGACCGGUGCGGGAAACACAGCACCACACCUCUCACCGGUCUGCCUUCGACUUUUAACAAUCAAUACUUUGAUCAACAGGAGCCUUUUAGCAGCUGCAGGCAACUCAUCAAAAUGGUUUGGAUCCUUCAACACACCUUCUCUCUUCUACUAACUGUGCACAUCAUAUGUUCAGCUCUGAUUCCUGUGGGGGCCGAGGAGGAGACCAGAGAAUGCAGAGAGCAGGAGUACAAGGACCGCUUUGGGAACUGUAAACCCUGCAAGCAGUGUGAUGCAGGACAGGAGCUAUCAAAGGAAUGUGGCUUUGGUUAUGGAGAGGAUGCCCGGUGCGUGCCCUGCCGGAGCAGUCGCUUCAAGGAGGACCGGAGCCUGCAGAAGUGCAAGCCCUGCCUGGACUGUGGACUCAUCAACCGCUUCCAGAAGGGCAACUGCUCCACCACCAGCAACGCUGUGUGUGGCGACUGUCUGCCGGGAUACUACAGGAAGACAAAAUUAAGUGGCUUCCAGGACAUGGAGUGUAUACCCUGUGGGGACCCUCCACCUCCUUAUGAGCCACACUGCAGUGGGCGUGUGAACCUGGUGCCGCUGCCCUCGGUGGUGACCAGCCCGCGGGACAUGGCCCUGGCCGCGGUCAUCUGCAGCGCUCUGGCCACCGUGCUGCUGGCCCUGCUGGUCCUGUGUGUCAUCUACUGCAAGAGACAGCUGCUGGAGAAGAAGCCCAGUGCGGCCUCUCUGAGGUCCCAGGAUUGUCCGUACAGCGGAGCAGAGCUGUCCUGCCUGGACCCACGCUGGCUCCACGACUUCCCCCAGAGACCCUGCUGCCAGUGUCACCUGGGCCCCGGACACACCUGUGGUCCAGUCCACCUGAUCCCGUCUCUGUGCUGUGAUGAGAGCUGCAGUCUGGGCCGCAGCCUGGACAACAGUCCCUUCCAGUCCCAGAUGAGCCUCAGUGACGGAAAUACACCCCAGGAUGAGGAGGGUCCCCCGACCCAGCUGGGAGAACAUCCAGAGUCUGCGUGCAAAGAGGCUGAUGGGAUGAGAGGGAGUUUAGAGCCUGCAGAGUGUCUCGGGCUGCCUCAGUGCAACGCCGAUCCUGCAGGGAGACUGGAGGUGGAAGAAGAAGAUGGGGAUGAAGAGGAAGGACGCAGGUCAAGGGAGAACUCGCCUGAGAGGACCAGACAGAGCUACAGUGAAGCUGUGACAGAUGCACUUCUCCCCAAACAGCACUCAAGUCAGGAAGGAUGACAUGGAUUUCUUUGGCUCGUGUUCCACCCUUGAACCACCCUGGACUCAACAACAGCCGCGGCCAGAUCCCGGAUCAGAUUACUCACUACAACCCCCCCCCCCAUCAUACAGACAAGCAGCAGCCACUCUCAAGUGUGGUCACACCCCGCCUCUUUGAAAUGCCUCCUGCUGACCUCAGAGCCCCUCGUCACUGGGUCCAAACAGAACAUGUACAUACAUAAAACAACAAAAGCACUGCUGAGGAAGGCAAAGCAUGAGGGCAAAGGGAUAGAAAUACACACACACACUCUCUCACACGCACACAAAAUGUGAACUCGCUGGCCCAGAAGGUGAAAUCAAAUGAAGUUCAAAUGUCAAGGACUAUUGACUUAUCAGCGCCGAGCAAAGUGAAUCAAAGUGAGCCUCUGCUCCGCCUCGAGAAUGUCUCGCAUCUUCACAUGUAGGAGAACAAACUGUACCACUGAUCUAGCAGCAGCUGGUGUUAUGAAGCUUUUGUGUGUAAAGGUAACAAAAUUUGAGGCGUGAAGAAAAAGUGUCAAAAGUAAUUAUGUUGCACAUUGAAGACAAUCUUGAUAAUAUGGAACAAGUAAAGACGAGGAAUGUUUAAGUGAUAAAUGUGUUGUAGAUACUGUAAAAUACUAAAUAGGUCAAUAUUUUUGUAACAUAGACAUGACUGACAAUGUUUUGCUUUUCUUCCCCCAGUUAUAGUGUUGAUGGUUGUGAUUGGUCACUGCCACAUAUUGUUUUUGUAAAUAAACCACUUGAACAAGUUUA